AUGAUUUUUGUCAAUAAUAUGACCAAUAACUACUGCUUCAAUCGAAAUUCUGUCCAUGCCAAGAUGUCCUUCGGUUGGUCGGCAUCUUCAAAUCCACCGUUUACUGGACUUAAAUCGGGACCGACAAGCAGUUUUGCCGAUGCACUAAAAAGAUUAGCUGAACACGUGGAAGAAAAGAAUAAAAUUAAUGCAAAUCAUAAUGGAACUCCAAAUUGCAUUCAGUCACCGCAAGACUUCUCUAACCGAACGAAUAUGUCGCAUGUAAAUAAUUCAAUGUCACCUGAGCAAGCUCUGCGAUUAUAUACGCAAUACGUUCAAGAAGUGGAACGAAGAGAAGAUAUGCGACGGAAUUACCUUCGAAACUAUCCUGGACCUGAUAGUCCGAAUGUCAGUAUACCUAUUCUGAAUAGACGUUUCGAUGGCCCUGAUCCAUACCGUUUCAUGGCACCUCAGUCAUCCGGUCCGUUUCCUCCAUCUGCAUAUUUUCAGUCGCUUGCACAACAGCCUAGAAUGCCUUUACCCACAUCAUUGCUAUUUCCAAAUACGAAAGCAACUGACGUCAUAGGACGUGUUCCAACACAAGGCAAAAUCGACGAAAAAUCUGAAGCAACAUCACAAUCUUCAAAACCCAAAUCAAAACUGUUUCGUCCUUAUGAUCUGGACAGCCCCGCUAUUAAUUCUCAGCGAACAUCUCCAUCUUCACCAAUUGCCAUCGUUCGUCGGCACAAUUCAUUCAUCCCCACUGACGAAUCACUAACAACCAUAUCAUCUGGUAAAGAAACGCAGCUAUUCAAUUCGUUAGGUCUUGUUCAACAAUCAGCCGAUGUUCUCUCGGAAAAAUCAUCAUCGGUAGAAACAUCGCCAUCCGUGACAAUAACAAGUGAAGAAUCAUCAUCAAUAGAUACGGUCUUAACACCACAGCCAGAUAAUCAUCCACAGAAAACAUCUUCUCAUAGCAACGAUUCGACAUUGUCUGGUACAUUAAAGCGGAAAUCAGUGUUUUCAUCAAACAAAACACAAUCAUCGCAUCGUAAACAAUCAAAACACGCUACAAUAUGCAUAGAAUCGUCGAAUAAGUCCUAG